GGUUCAACAUGGACAACAAGCAAAUGGACCAGUUUGGCGGAAUGGGAGAAUUAACGCUACAGAAACAUGAAGAGGAACCACUUGGCCAUGUUGGCUGUAGGUACUAUAUAUCUCUAUGAGGCCAUGAUGAAGGAUAAUGCUCUCUGUUGUUCCUCAGGGGCCUGUUUCAGGACAUUAGCCUCAGAUAGAAAUGUGUUGUGUAGAACAGAUAUAAUUGUCUGUUUGGUAGAUCAGGGAAUCGUGACCUCUAUUCAUUAUAUUUCUAUGUGGAAAGUUCGGAUUGUGCCACCUCUCUGAAUACACCCCAGGUCUGCAGCCGCUGGUCCCUGUAUUUAUGAUGCAUGGCCGGGAGGGGAGGGAGAGAGAGCGUAGACCGCCCCCACAAGGACCUAGUGACACAGUGGAGGAAGAGGAAGAAUGGACCCCUCACCUGGAGAGACAACACCAGGGUAAAACUCAAAGGAGAAGGGAGAAUAAGUUCAGAACACCUACAGCCUCCACAUCUAAACCCCCUCAGUUCAGAACACCUUCUACAGCCUCCACUUCUAAACCCCCUCAGUCCAGAAGACCUUCUACAGCCUCCACUUCUAAACCCCCUCAGUCCAGAAGACGCUUCUACAGCCUCCACUUCUAAACCCCCUCAGUCCAGAAGACCUUCUACAGCCUCCACUUCUAAACCCCCUCAGUCCAGAACAACUAAAACAUCAUUGACUACAGGGUCCUAUAUCUCACCUGCUAUCUCAACCAAAACCCUCAACACAGCGACCUUAACCCCUACUGAGACACAGACCUUAACCUCGUCCCCAAUCAGAACCAAACGUUCUGACACCACAGCCACACCUAAAACCUCGACUAGCUCAGAGGUGAGCCCAGCCUCAGCCASGYCCACUGCUACACAGGWAACCACAUGGUCUGACCCYUCGACCCCAGCCAGACCMCAGCUGAGCAGAGGMCCAGUGGUGACAYGUAUUUACACCUGGAUGUGGACUGACUGGGACAGUCACAAAAUGGGAAGAGAACCUUCAAGACAACCUCACCUGGAUGAGCUGACUGGAGAGAGAGAAGGAGAGGCGAGAGAGAGUAGGGAUGAGACGGAGAGGAAGACAAAGAAAGAGAAGGAAAGAGCGGGAGAAGAGGAGAAGCAGGAGCCGCUGAACGAAGAGAGGGAUGGAGAAAAGGAGAGAGAGAGCGAAGGAGGGAUGGAAUCAGAGUGGGGGAGAGGGGGAGAGGAGGAGAGCGGGAGUGAAGGAGAGAGCACACCCAGUAGCUCUCACAGGGACCCAGUGUGUGUGUCAGAGCAGAUGAAGAGGGUGUGGCUAAGGCAGGUGAACCUCCGCAGCAGAGUCAGAGUCUGCUAUACUGAGGAAGAGAAGCUGAGAGACGAAGAUUACUUCUUCUGUGAGGAGUGCAAGUCUUUCUUCAUCGAGGAGUGUGAGCUCCACGGUCCCCCCCACAUCAUCCCAGACACCCCGGCCCCGCUGGGGGCCUCAGACAGGGCCAGACUCACCGUGCCGCCCGGCCUGGAGGUCAGGACAUCAGCCAUCCCUGGAGCUGGGCUGGGGGUCUUCAACCACGGACACACCGUGCCCCAAGGGACGCACUACGGACCGUAUGAAGGAGAACUCACAGACACGGAGCUGGACCUGGAGAGUGGAUACUCCUGGGUG